AUGCCCAAUCCCGUUCCAAUUCCUGCUGCUCUUGUAGCCACAUUUGAUUCUAAAUGUCCAGCUGCUAUCUCUGACUCGUCCGAAGCCCUACCGACCUCUGAUCUGGCUCCUCCUUCCGAGAUUGCAGUUUUGUACGACCAACAAACGGCAGCACGAGCCGCUGCCAAGCAUUCCCAGACUCUAAUGGCGUCUAGGGUCCGCAAGUUCCCACAAAAACCUCCUCUGUUGACAGCUGCGACGGCUGUCGGGGAAGAAUCUCGUCGCUACACCGCCAAUUUAAAGGAGCUACACAAAUGGAUCACUGGGCGCUCAGGCAUUGUCGAGCUUCUUCGCUCUAUGCCUACGACGCCGAGUGGUCAAAAUGACUGGAUACGACACUGUGAUGUAGAUCUAGCAGCUCUCGUCAAGAGCCUGCCUUUUACGAUCACUUAUGUAAAGGGUCUGACGCGAAUGUCACGAAAACGUUUUGGUCCCGCCAUAAACUGCGAAGCUCAGCUAGCCGUCAUUCGCCGGUAUGCGCAGCAUGAAGAAUUCUUCGUCCGCAAGUUUUGCAUUGUCUGGGAUGCAGUUGCUUCUCAACAGCAGGGUGCCAUUAAGUGGAAAACAACGGAUUUGAUCCAGCGGUGGAAGAAAGUGCAUAAGUUGCAUCCGCAGUUGCUCUGCGCUACCGUCGUGGACCCAAUUAUGAUUGACGAAUGGGGAAUCUUGAACGUUAUCUGUUUGAUGUUGCCUUAUUUGACGCCGGUGGAUAAUUCGACAGCAGUCGUGAUGUAA